CUCACCCUGAGACUGCCAGCACUGCCUGAACUCGCAGUGAAGCCACACUACAUCAUAGGUCUAUAUCCUCAACCACACGGCUAUGAAAAGGGUUCUGGAGAUAAAAGCACAAGGAUGUAGUUGUAAUUUGGGAAGAAAUGAUGCCGGAAAACACACAAAAUAACAUGUCACUGUGCACAAAACUCCACCCCAAAAACCCGAGGUCGGUGUUUCACGGCUGGUGUCGGCUUUCAGAAAAUCUCCCCGGGAAGCGGAACUAGAAUCCUGAUGGAUCUGUCACUUCUUUUCACAGACGACCAAAGACAGUCGCCACCGGUUCUCGCAGACAGUCAAACUGGGGACUGUGUUUCUGUGUUGCACAGUCCCACUGUAAACAUGCUGUCUGCACACGAGGCAGGAACAGAUACUGUGUCCGAUCUGUCAGUCAAGUCGACUCUAAACCUCUCUCAGGAAAAAAGCACAGACACCCUGACGGCUUCUCCGUCCCCCCCUGACAUCCCACACUGCUUUCCAGUUUGCUCAGAGCCUUCACCAGAGGAUGAUAGUUUCAGGCCACGUUGCUGUUCGGACUCCUCAGAAUCUGUGCUACCUCCGUUACCUCAAUUAUCUCAUGACUACGCUUCACCCCAAUCUGAAACUUUAGAGUUUUACAGCAAUCAAGAGUCACCACUGUCUUUUUAUUUAAUGCAAGAAAAAAGUAUACCUGAGUCUUUUGGGGCACUGCCAUCCAUAUCUGAGGCUUUUUUCACCUCUGCGCACGGCCAAGCCACUUCUUUAUUAAGGUCAUUAUCACCUCAGUCAGAUAAUUUAGACAGUGACACAGCUGUGGCGCCUAUGUCAGACCUUUAUAUCUUUGAAAGCGAGACACGGGACUUCAUCCUGAGCUCAACCGUUGAUCCCCAUGAGAUUGGAUGUCCCGGAUACCGGCCGUUAUCACAGACAGAGGUGGAAAAGGUGAACCGUGAUGCACAUGCCCUGAUGUGUGAUUCAGUAGACAUUGUGACACAGUGUCAUCACGGAUCUAGUGAGGAACGAGCUAUAGAGAUGUAUGAGUCAGACGUGAGCCAACACGCAGGGCUUGGACCACCUGCCGCGGAUGCCUGGGAGGUGGACCUUGUGUCGGUAAAUGAUGUCAGGCGAGAGAAAGCGGAGGUCACUGGUUCACAUGCGCAGCUACAGCGCAGUGACAGCCCCAUCGAGCUCUGGCUGGACGCUUGCCAGUAUCUGGCAGUCGAGAGUACGAAAGGUUGGGACGCUUUGAGCAAGCCAGGUAAUUCUGGGAUGCAAGGAGGGUUUUCAGCUACCGGUGACUUCUGUUUUCCCCCAGGAGACAAGCAAGUGUCAGAUUACAACCCUGAUGGUAGCGAGGGGAUUGGCUGGUCGAGCGAUGACACCAGAAAUUGGGGGCCACCAGUUGAGAGGUGGUCAUCAGUGGACAGCUGGGCUAGCGCACUCUCAGACUGGACUGGGAUCAUUGAGGCUCCACCACAGGACAUCACAGCUGCCUUCGCUGAGAUAGGGGCCGAGAUAGAUGCUUUGACACAGGCGCUAGCAGAGGUAAACACUCACAUAGAGACAGAGACAGAAGCAGCCAUGGGUGUCCAGGAUCAGCCCAUGAAGGCGCAGAGCAUCACAGACAGCUCCAUCCACUCUGGACAAAGCUGCCUCCCUUUGUGCCUUGAAACUAAACUCCGUGACAGAGAGGGCUCACAGGCUGUCACAUCCUUGUGUGAUUCAGAAGCUAUAUCACAAAAAGAGAAGGAGCCAGAAGAGUUGCUGCAGAACUCUCCACGCUCUGCUCCCCAGCACUCAUCCAUGUGUUCCUUGGCCUCUCCCGGUGGAUACGUCGGGAAUGUGGCGGCUUUCACGCUCACGCCUGGAUCUGCACCUUCUGCUUCUGAUUUGGACCUAUCUCCGUUUGCUGAAUAUUCCCAGACGUUGGACUCAGACAUCUUCAUCAGCCGUGAAGAGGAUCCAAUCAUACUGAAUAUAACAGAGGACACAGAUUUGGAUGCUCCUGAGCGGCCCUUUGGAGAUGGACUCUUCAAAGUGACGGGCGAAUGCCGCAUCCAGCAGCUGGGCUUCGAGGUUGAGGCGAAAACUAAACAGAGAUGUUUGGAGCCUUCCGUGGAUGACCAUGAAUCGACAGCAAACCUAAACCUCCUCACAACUCUGACAAACUCCCACGUGCCAGGUGUGGACACGCAACCAGGCCUGCAUAUUGACACGCACACGGCGUCUGACACUUUAACAGACCUCGAUGGAGCACGUCAGGUGGGGCCGCAGUUGGAGAGUCCAAAGUUUAUUAUGCCCUUAGCUCCUCUCGGUAUCGGCUCCUCCCUCGUCUGCCGGAAAAACAGGCGCUUGGAAGUAGAUCAGGCUUGCGCCCAAAGGUCUUUCAAUGACAACAGAGAGCUCACUUGUGAUCACAUACAACGCUGCGACCUCCGGCCAAGUCAGGAUGGAAUUACUGCCAAACCAUCUCUGGAAGGCGAUGAGCAGUUGAUUCAUGAAAAGCAGAACACAACAAACACUACUGAGAAAUCUCUGCCGGCCUCGCUCCCUAGUGACACAGUCGAGGGUCUUUACCCUGCCAGGAAAACAAUAAACGAGGAGAUUACUGACCUCAGUAGGGACCUACAAAGCAUAGCCUUUUUCCCUGCAGAUCACUUCGUCAUCUCGGAGGAAAAGCGCGUCGCAUACGUCACUCUAGAUUUAAAUGACCCGUUUCUUUUCAAGGUUCCAAAAGCCAUCGCCCCAGCGGUAAAAUCUGAAAAGAUGCCUCACAAAACUCGCUCCAAAAAGGAUAAAUCCUCCGGUCAUCAACAUGGUGCGCAAGCUUCCAAAAAACAGGAGAGCAUAUGCCACCACGGUACCGCACAGCAGACAUGCAAAGGGCAAGAAACUCAUCCUGCUGCAGGAGAAAACCACACUGCUGAGAACAAGCCAACUGGGCUCGAGGCCAAGGAGACUAAAUUGGUGAUUGAGACCGGUCUGGUGACUGAGAAGAGCGCAGGCAAGCCGCACGGCAAAAAGAAAAAGAAGCACGGUCAGAGCGCAGCAUCAGUGAUCGGUGCGGGCGAGCAUGAAGCGGAGAAUGGAGCAAAACCAAAGACUGCAAAAGGAAGGAUUGAUAUGUUCGAGGCCAAGCUGGGCGCUAAAGCCGGUGGUGAUCAGUCAGAGGUUGCUGAGAAAAAGAAAUCCCAGCAAUCAGAGGCUAAAACACCCCAGGGAGAACAACCUCCACACCACACAGGUCAUAAAGACCACACGCCGAACAGCUUCACAUCCCCUCUGAGUGACGAUGUGGUCAAAAGGCGACGCCUGUCAGAGGAUAAGUUUGGGAAGAUCGUUAGCGUUUUGGAGGCCAAGCUCCCAAAGUCAGACGUCUCAGUCAAAGCAAAGGGAAGCGAGCUCAAGGCCGAGGUCGGAGGAACUCGUAAGAAGGCGUACAGUGACGUGGUCAAACAGAAAACCCCACCCAAGGAAGACCCCAAGGUGGUGCAGCAGAUCCAGGCCGCCUCGGUGAGCGGGGACCCCCAGAGUCUGUGCCUGUGGUGUCAGUUUGCUGCCGUCUUUUCCGACUACACUGUGAACUGGAGCAGAGACGGCACAGUCCUGUCUGAGAUCAAGAGAAGUGCAGGGGACGAGAGCAGAGUGUCACUGACCAUCAACAAUGCCUCUAACAAGCACCUGGGCAAGUACCAGUGUCGGCUCAGUAGCUCACACGGGUCUGUUAUCUUGGACUACCUGCUCACGUAUGAAGUUCUGAGUGAGAUCGUCAUCCCUCCAUCUCCAAAGACCGUUUUAUCCGCCCCGGUAGAGGUGAGCAGCGAGGAGGAGGACGUCCACUGCUCCAGUCUGAUGUUCAAAGAAAACUUCCUGACUGAUCAAUACUUCGGUGAAAACCACCCCGCCAGCAUCCUCACCGAGAAGGUCCACUUUGGGGAAGGGAUGCAUCGGCGGGCUUUCAGGACCAAGCUGCAAGCGGGUCAGAUACCCCUGUUACUGCCAGGACACCCCUGCGUGCUCAAAGUACACAACUCAAUCAGCUACGGGACCAAGAACAACGACGAGCUCGUUCAGAAGAACUUUACCUUGGCUGUAGAGGAGUGUCAGGUCCAGAACACAGCAAGAGAGUACAUCAAAGAGUACACCACUGCAGCCCAGUCCGUCGAAGCCUUCGGAGACGUCCCAGAGAUAAUUCCCAUCUACCUGGUCCACCGUCCAUCCAAUGACAUCCCCUACGCCACACUGGAAGAGGAGCUCAUCGGAGACUUUGUCAAGUACUCAGUGAAGGACGGGAAGGAGAUCAACCUGAUGAGACGUGACUCGGAGGCAGGACAGAAGUGCUGUGCCUUCCAGCACUGGGUCUACCACAGGACCGAGGGGAACCUGCUGGUCACUGACAUGCAAGGAGUGGGCAUGAGGCUUACUGAUGUGGGAAUAGCCACCUGUAAGAAAGGAUACAAGGGAUUCAAAGGAAACUGCGCCACGUCCUUCAUCGACCAGUUCAAAGCUUUGCACCAGUGCAACACGUUCUGCGAGAUCCUGGGCCUCAAAUCCCUGCAGCCCAAAGCCAAAAAGGCCGCGUCUGCACCCAAACCCAAACCCCAACCGUCGGCUACACCCAAGAAGAAAAUGUUCGGGCCGACGGUGAAGGGCAAAACAUAAUAGGAGGAGAAUCCUGGACGUUAUUUAUUAAUUAACUGGCUUCACUUUCUUUGGACAUCCGGAGAAAUUAGAAGACGAGUGUCCACAGAUUUAGUUUGCAGCGGGCCUGAUCAUCAGGGACACUUUUGGACUCGACUGCUACAUAAGCAGGAGAUGUGAUGUUAUUUGACCGUUUUCUUCGCCCCAUGUUGAACAUUCAUUCUUUUGGCGAGGAGCGUUUGUAUCUAUUGUUUUUAUUUCACCAGUUUUGCGGAAACUGGAAUUAUUUUAAUGAACACUAGAAAAAUGAUGAGAGUGAUGAACCGUGACGUCUUAGACUGACUGGCUGACUGACUGGUUGAUUGAUUGAUUGAUUGAUUCUUCUCUACAGGCGUCGUCUUUUCUACUUCUGUGGUGGUGAUGGUCAAACCACCCGUCCAUUAAAUUAAUGGACUUUUUGAUCGACUGACUAGAGGAAGUGUCUACGGAGUGGCUCGUGUGAGUGAGUGCUUUUUGGGUGCAAAGGUCAGCUCGGUGUUACCAUAGCUACCACAUUUAUUUCGUUCAUUUUUAGAGAAGCUGCAGAUUUCUAGACGAGCUCUUGUUUAUAUUUGUACACAUAAAGCUCAUUUGAAGUCGA